CAAAUUUUUCGAUUUCACUUUAAUCCCCCCAAAAAAAGAAAUCAUUUUUGCUUUUCUAGAAACUCAAAUUAUUUUCAAGUUUUCUGUCUUUGAUUCUCGAGAAAACAUGACUAUCGCUCUAACAAUUGGAGGAAGCGGGUUCUCGGGUGUACCCGGAUCUUCGUUCUCCUCAUCUUCUUCAUCGCUUCGAUUAAAGAACAGCAGACGAAAGGACACGAAGAUGCUGAACAGAAAAGGAGUCAUCUGUUCUUCAGCUUCUGUAAUGGAUCCGUACAAAACCCUUAGGAUCCGACCCGAUUCAUCUGAAUACGAGGUCAAGCAAGCUUUCAGACAACUCGCCAAAAAGUAUCAUCCUGAUGUCUGUAGAGGAAGCAACUGUGGAGUGCAGUUUCAGACAAUCAACGAAGCUUACGAUAUUGUGUUGAAGCAAAUAAAGAAUCAGAUGGAGGGAACAGAGGAGUUUCAGCCAUUCGAUGUGUAUGACGAGGGAUUCAACGGAAUGAAUGAUCCAGAUUGUGACACGUGGGAGGAAUGGAUGGGAUGGGAAGGUGCAGGAAUCAGAGACUACUCUUCUCAUGUCAAUCCUUACGCUUGAAGAGACAACGACGAGUUCCCAAUGAUUUGAAUGCACAUAAAUAACGACAGAGAGACUAUGAGAACAAUGUAAAUAGUUGAAAUUGUCUCUUGAAUGGCUUCUUAAAUGUAAAUAAAGUCAUUUCUCCGUUAAUGUAAACCUCAAACAUUCACGAUUAAGCUUAAAAGCUUUCGUGAGUUUGGAUCUAAUGGUAAUAAUAUUAGAUUUGAAGUUUGUUUUGACCUUUUGAAACCGUUAAGGGUCAAGUUCCACGACCAAGUGUGAAGACAAAAUGAUCAUUCUUUUCAACGGUUUCUUUACAACAACUCUGUAAUAAAAAGUCUUUAUUAAAAAGUUGUAAUGCUGAUUUUAAAUCCAUUGAGAAUGCCCCCCUGCAGUACCUGAAGAGACGCAUUCACAAAGACG